UGGCCAUGAAGGAAGGUUAUUGUUCAGGCUAGGCAUUUGGCGCCGAAGUUGACGACGAAAAGUAGGACUGUAGAAGGCAAACAGAAAAUGGCAGGAGGAAAGGCUGGUAAAGACUCGAAACAAAAGGCCAAGGCCAUUUCAAGAUCUGCAAGAGCAGGACUACAAUUCCCAGUUGGUCGUAUACACAGACAUUUGAAGACUCGAACCACAAGCCACGGACGUGUAGGAGCUACAGCGGCUGUUUACAGUGCUGCAAUCUUAGAGUAUUUAACUGCAGAAGUACUAGAGUUGGCUGGUAAUGCAUCAAAAGAUCUUAAAGUAAAACGUAUUUCUCCGAGACAUUUACAGCUUGCUAUCCGAGGUGACGAAGAACUGGAUUCACUCAUAAAAGCCACUAUUGCUGGUGGAGGUGUUAUUCCACACAUUCACAAAAGUUUAAUUGGCAAAAAAGGAGUUGGACCAGCAAAAGCUUGAAAAAUGAUAAAAAACUGUUGUACAGAUUUCAACUUGUAUAUUAAUUAUAAGCAUCAAUCUAUGAUAAUGGGUCUUGUACAGUGUUACAGCAGCAAGCAGUCAACUAUGGACCUGUAUUUUUCUUUUUAAACUGUAGGCUCUUUAUUUUAUUUUUAUGUGACUUCUAAUAAUAUUGCAAAUGUAAUAUACACAUAGUUUUAUGCAGUA